GCUGGGGAGUCUCUGCCGAAUUUGAGCCGCGAGCCGUUUUUCAUGGGACUGAUGCUUCAGAAGAUGAGGCACUUCUUCGUGACCAAAGUGGAACAUGGAACUUGCAGGCCGACGCUGCUUGCACUCAUUUCAUGGACUUCUCGGACUUCUACGUCCUGCCACAGUCCCCACUUCCGGAUGCGUGGCGCAUGUCCGAGGAUGCUUUGCGGAGUGCAUUCGCCCUUGAGCGCAGCGCCACAUCAGAGAGGGCUCUUCAGUGUCCAGCUCUUGCUGAGCGGUUGUGGGGUGCUUGGCAAGCACAUAGAGAGUGA